AGAAUGAUUAUGUUUUCAAGUGUGGAUGGUUUCGCAAGUUAAGCAUCUUCUGGCAUCUUUGUGUGAGUGAAAAGCGGCGAAAGUGAGUUCAUUCCAUCCUAAAAUAUUUGUUUACAUCUGAACUGCAGCAGAAGAUUUGCUGCAUCCAGUAAAGUGACUCCUCAAAAUAUCAUUAAAUUAAAUUGUUUGCAAAAUAAUUAACUAUGUCUUCGAGGGUCCCAAUCGAGUCGUGUGGUCUCCCGAAAAUGUGUCGGCUUUGUAUGAGAGAACAAUACCUUGAAGACGUUUUCAAGGAAAAUAACCUGCAUCAAUGGAUAUCGAAUUAUCUCUCGAUAACGAUAUUCAGCGUGGAUCCCAAGGGUCACUCUAUCUGCACUUUCUGUCGAUUGCGAUUGACCGAAUUCCAUCAAUACUGGAGCCACUGUCAGGAGGUGCAAACGAUAUUACAAUCCAUGGCUCGGGAUCAAAAUGAAACAUCGAUUCGGCUUGCAGACAAAACUGAGCUGCGGAAAGUAAAAGCUGAACCAUUUGAUCAAAACGAUGCCAAUUACGGGACGGAGGCAUUAGUAUCAAGAACUUAUACUAAAUCCUCAGUUGAUAGUUCCAGUCAUGGAUAUUCUCGACAAUACAUUGUCAACAAUCAUGAAAGAGAUAAUAAUUCUGAACUUCAUAAUGAAGCGGAAGAACACCUUCAAUCGUUUGAUAAAACGGAUGAGGUUACCAUAGAACAUGUAAAAAUUGAAGCUCUGGUAGAUGAUGGAGAGACCAAUGACCAAUCAGACCUAAACAUUCCAACUAAAAAUAAUUUACCACCAGUCAAGACAAAAUCUAAAGUGGACCAACAAGUGCAAUGCAAUCAAUGCGAAAAAACAUUUCCCGACAGAAACACGUAUAGAAGGCACAAAAGAUUUCAUAAACCAAUGAACCACUGUUGUCACAUAUGCGGAAAGCCAUUCUUUUAUCGAUCGACACUGGAGAAGCAUAUUCCAAUACACGAUCCGAAUCGUGUGCGUAAGCCGCCAUCUGAUAAACCAUCCCUGGCACCAGGGCUUUACCAUUGUGAUAUAUGCCUGAAGGUAUUCGAGCUGAAAACAAGACUGUGGUCACACAAGACACAAAGACACAGACCAAAAACUCACGAAUGCCACCUGUGCGAUUUGAAGUUUACCAUGAAAUUUCAGUUACGCCGGCAUAUACAGAAGCACUAUCAAGAGAGCGAGAAUACAAAUUCUGAAGGGCAACUUGCUCAAUCCAACACAACAUCCGUUCUCAAAAAACCAGUUAAACUUCGGAAUAAGCGGAAAUAAGAGUAUGUAUCUUGAAUAAAUUUGCAUAAUAGCAUAUACCUAUUUGUA